AUGGCGACUCCGGUUGAUCCUCCAAACGGGAUUGUGAACGAAGGGAAGCAUUACUUCUCAAUGUGGCAAAACCUGUUCGAAAUCGACACCAAAUACAUGCCGAUCAAACCGAUCGGCCGUGGAGCAUACGGUGUAGUCUGCUCCUCUGUCAACACUGACAACAACAACGAGAAAGUCGCUAUCAAGAAGAUUCACAACGUCUACGAGAACAGAAUCGAUGCCUUGAGGACUCUCCGAGAGCUCAAGCUUCUACGCCAUCUUCGUCACGAGAAUGUGAUUGCUUUGAAAGAUGUCAUGAUGCCGAUUCAUAAAAGAAGCUUCAAGGAUGUGUAUCUCGUCUAUGAGCUCAUGGACACAGAUCUCCACCAGAUCAUCAAAUCAUCUCAGCUUCUUAGUAACGAUCACUGCCAAUACUUUUUGUUCCAGUUACUUCGAGGGCUAAAGUAUAUUCACUCAGCGAACAUCUUGCACAGAGAUUUGAAACCUGGCAACCUCCUUGUCAACGCAAACUGCGAUUUGAAGAUAUGCGAUUUCGGACUUGCACGGACGAGCAACAGCAAGGGUCAGUUCAUGACUGAGUACGUUGUGACUCGUUGGUACAGAGCUCCUGAGCUUCUCCUCUGCUGUGACAACUACGGAACAUCAAUCGAUGUCUGGUCCGUUGGUUGCAUUUUCGCCGAGCUUCUUGGUAGGAAACCGAUAUUCCAAGGAACGGAGUGCUUAAACCAGCUGAAACUCAUUGUCAACAUUCUUGGGAGCCAGAGAGAAGAAGAUCUUGAGUUUAUAGAUAACCACAAAGCUAAAAGAUACAUCAGAUCGCUCCCUUACUCGCCCGGGAUGUCUUUGUCCCGGCUUUACCCGGGAGCUAGUGUUUUGGCCAUUGACCUUCUACAGAAGAUGCUUGUUUUUGACCCGUCUAAGAGGAUUAGUGUCAGUGAAGCGCUUCAGCAUCCUUACAUGGCGGCUUUAUAUGAUCCGAAUGCAAACCCUCCCGCUCAAGUUCCUGUUGAUGAUCUCGAUGUAGAUGAGGAUUUGGGAGAGGAGAUGAUUAGAGAUAUGAUGUGGAAUGAGAUGCUUCAUUACCACCCACAAACUUCAACCUUAAACACUGAGCUAUGA